UGUUAACCGGUCGGACCAAUAUCGGGCCGGUCUAUAUAAACAUCGCUCUGUUCCACCCGAGUGCUCAUCUGAAGGGAUGAUCAGAAAGCUCUCUUAGCUUCUCUCCCGAUCUCCUUCUCCGAUCUCCAUAGAUGGCAUCAUCUCUCUUAACCAGAGCUUUCUCCGGUCUGCGAUCGAUCCGUGCUUCUUCUAGCUUCGCCAAGGAUGCGCGGCAAUUCUCUUCUCAUCUCAGGGCAAGCUCGAUUCUACUUUUUGCGGGAGUUUUCUUAGUAUCAUGUAUUGGAGCUUGUGAUCGUGAUAUGUGUUCCAGGUUUUCGCCUUUGACUUAUCCUGUUCCUUCUUUUGUUUGGCGUGCUUCAAUGGCUUCGUCUAGUGAGACGGUCUCGACUUCUACAACUCAAGUGAUGGCACAUAAUGCUGAGCCUGUUGUUUCUGCUGAUUGGUUGCAUGUUAAUCUCAGGCAGCCGAACGUGAAGGUAUUGGAUGCUUCUUGGUACAUGCCUGGUGAACAACGGAACCCAUUUCAAGAGUACCAGGUGGCUCACAUUCCUGGGGCCCUAUUUUUCGAUGUUGAUGGGAUAUCUGACCGAACAUCUAAUUUGCCACACAUGUUGCCAUCAGAAGAAGCAUUUGCUGCUGCUGUUUCUGCUCUUGGCAUAGAGAAUGAUGAUGGGGUGGUUGUUUAUGAUGGAAAGGGAAUUUUUAGUGCAGCUCGAGUUUGGUGGAUGUUUCGAGUCUUUGGACAUGAGAGGGUUUGUGUGUUGGAUGGUGGCUUGCCACAAUGGCGUGCUUCAGGGUAUGAUGUUGAAUCUAGUGCCUCUGGAGAUGCAGUUCUGAAGGCUAGUGCUGCCAGUGAAGUGAUUGAGAAGAUUUACCGUGGACAAUCAGUUAGCCCAAUUACAUUCAAGGCAAAGUUACAACCACAUUUAAUUUGGACACUUGAACAGGUUAAACAGAACAUUGAUGCCCAAACUCAUCAACACAUUGAUGCACGGUCAAAGCCUAGGUUUGAUGGUGCAGCUCCAGAGCCACGCAAGGGUAUAAGAAGUGGCCAUGUACCUGGCAGUAAAUGCAUUCCUUUUGAUCAGAUGCUGGAUGGAUCACAAAUGCUUUUGUCAUCAAGCGAACUUGUUAAACGGUUUGAGCAAGAAGGCAUAUCUUUGGAUCGCCCUUUUGUCACCUCUUGCGGUACCGGUGUGACUGCAUGCAUACUCUCCCUUGGUCUCCAUCGGCUCGGCAAGACUGAUGUUCCAGUUUAUGACGGGUCUUGGACAGAAUGGGGAGCGCACCCGGAAACACCUGUCGCCACUGCUGAAACAUCAUAAAUGUUAAUUAUUAUCUGCACUUCGUUCUUGAACCUGUCCAGGUGAUACUGAUGUAAGAGAUAUUAGUUCCAUUUAGAAUUCUUCCUCCCAUCCAAGUGACAAAUUUGCUUAUUGUGAAUGUCAAUCAUAUUGCAAAGUUUACUGUGCUGUAAAUGCUUGUUCAGAGUAAUAAGCUGAAACUUUGGGGAGUAUUUUUCAAUGAAUCACAAUGAUAUGCGAGAA